CGCUGCCUCCUUGCCAUCUCACAUGGUAUGUCCAGCUUCCCUCCUAAUUAGCAGGACAACGCUUUAUGCACACACUCCUGCUCCAUUCAUUGCAUCCGACCUACCCUGCAGGUGCGAACACAGAGGAGGACAACUUACCUGCAAGUGUGUGCUGUGUACUACCCUCCUCCUCGCCUUCCCCCCGCUCCUGAGCGCUGCAUUCCCCGCUCCAGGCAAACUUUACCAGCUUUUCUAUUAUCCACACUCAGGCUGAGUGUUGUUGGAUGAGCAUCCUCUCCCUUCCACCUGUCCCCGACCCAUUCCAGAGUCCUGUCCCUGACCCAUUCCAGAGUCCUGUCCUCGACCCAUUCCAGAGUCCUGACCCAUUCCAGCGUCCUGUCCCCGACCCAGCCCUGAUCCCUGUCUCCGACCUGUACUGGAGCUCUGUCCCUGACCAUUGUCCCCGACCUGUACUGGAGCUCUGUCCCUGACCAUUGUCCCCGACCUGUACUGGAGUUCUGUCCCCGACCUGGACUGGAGCGCUGUGCCCGACCUGUACUGGAGUUCUGUCCCCGAUCUGUUCUGGAGCUCUGUGCCCGACCCAGCCCUGAUCCCUGUCCCCGACCUGUACUGGAGCUCUGUCCCUGACCAUUGUCCCCGACCUGUACUGGAGUUCUGUCCCCGACCUGUACUGGAGCUCUGUGCCCGACCCAGCCCUGAUCCCUGUCCCCGACCUGUACUGGAGCUCUGUCCCUGACCAUUGUCCCCGACCUGUACUGGAGUUCUGUCCCCGACCUGUACUGGAGCUCUGUGCCCGACCCAGCCCUGAUCCCUGUCCCCGACCUGUACUGGAGCUCUGUCCCUGAUCCUUGUCCCCGACCUGUACUGGAGCUCUGUCCCUGAUCCUUGUCCCCGACCUGUACUGGAACUCUGUCCCUGAUCCCUGUCCCCGACCUGUAAUGGAGCUCUGUCCCUGAUCCAGCCCUGAUCCCUGUCCCCGACCUGUACUGGACCUCUGUGCCCGACCCAGCCCUGAUCCCUGUCCCCGACCUGUAAUGGAGCUUUGUCCCUGACCCAGCCCUGAUCCCUGUCCCUGAACUGCUCCAGAGCAUAUCCCCGACCCAGCCCUGAUCCCUGUCCCCGACCCAGCCCUGAUCCCUGUCCCCGACCCAGCCCCUGGCUCCUCCAGUACAUGAAGAGCACCCAAGCAUCGCACAGGACAUACCAUGGGGGAUCUGAGCUCUCUGCUUCUCCUCUCUGCCCUCUUCUUAUGGGACUAUAGCAGAGCAGCAGAUUCAGAAGAGAGACUGAUGAACACCCUUUUGAGGGAAGACAGAUAUAAUAAACUCAUCCGUCCUGCUUAUAACAAUACGCAGCUGGUCAUCAUCCAUCUCCAGUUGUCUCUGGCUCAGAUGAUAAGUGUGAAUGAACGGGAGCAAAUUAUGACAACUAACGUGUGGCUCAAUCAGGAGUGGGUGGACUACCGGCUGACCUGGAACCCAGCAGACUAUGAUGGCAUAAGGAAACUUCGUAUUCCCUCACGAAAGAUUUGGCUACCCGACCUCGUACUCUAUAAUAAUGCUGACGGUACAUACGAAGUCUCCCUGUUCACCAAUGCAAUCGUGCAAAACAAUGGCAGCAUCUAUUGGCUGCCACCUGCCAUUUACAAAAGCGCAUGCAAGAUAGAAGUCAAACAUUUCCCAUUCGACCAACAAAACUGCACUUUGAAAUUCCGUUCGUGGACUUAUGAUUAUACAGAGAUUGACCUCGUUCUUAGUUCAGAUUCGGCCAGUAUGGAUGACUUCACACCAAGUGGUGAAUGGGAUAUCAUAAAACUGCCAGGAAGGAGAACAGUCAACCCACUUGAUCCAAAAUAUGUUGACGUGACUUAUGAUUUCAUCAUCAAAAGAAAGCCUCUCUUCUAUACUAUCAAUUUGAUCAUACCUUGCAUUCUUAUUACUUCAUUGGCAAUACUUGUGUUUUAUCUUCCAUCAGACUGCGGACAAAAGAUGACCUUGUGUAUAUCGGUGUUACUGGCCUUGACUGUAUUUCUGCUUUUAAUUUCUAAGAUCGUUCCACCGACUUCCCUUGAUGUCCCGCUUAUUGGAAAGUACCUGAUGUUCACCAUGGUUCUGGUAACAUUUUCUAUUGUCACUAGUGUCUGCGUCCUUAAUGUCCACCAUAGGUCUCCUAGUACACACACAAUGCCGGUUUGGGUAAAGAACUGUUUUCUGGAAAAACUCCCAGUGUUCCUUUUCAUGAGACGUCCAGUGAAUAACACCUGCAGUCAGAAACUCCGCAGUUACCAGAGGAACACCCAAGUGGAGUCAUGUAGGAACUCGGGCUGCUUUGUAAAUGCUGCUGCUGCAAAGACAUAUGAUCAAAGACUUAAUGAUCAACCUUCCAAUGAGCAGCAUAGAAACCAAGAAUUCAGACACAGGCACUCAAAAAAGUUCUCUCCGCAAGUUCAAGAAGCAAUGGAGGGUGUGAGCUUCAUAGCCGACCACAUGAAGAGUGAUGAUGAAGACCAAAGUAUAAUUGAAGAUUGGAAGUACGUUGCCAUGGUUGUAGACAGACUCUUUCUAUGGAUAUUUAUCAUUGUUUGCGUUGUGGGAACAGUUGGACUCUUCAUGCAGCCACUACUACAAAACCAUAUUCCAUCUGGAAGUCAUUAGUGAAAAGAAAGCUGCAGAACAUUACUGUAAUAUUGACAAUGCUUCCUAAUUUGUAUCUUUACUGAAGUCCAAAGGAUAACAGAUUUUUUUUAUAUAUUUUGUUUUAUAAGUGCAUUUAUGGAAAGGUCAGGGAACUGCUUUUCCGCACAGCUUAUUCUGGAAUGCUUGGACUUACUUUGCAUUUUUAGCCAAUAUCCAACUUUUUAUGGUAAAGUAUAAUGACUAGCUCAGUAAACUAAAUAAAAAAAAACAUUUUUUUAGUAAAAUGUACAUUUUAUGAGUUGAAGAUGAACUAUAACAAAAUAAAGAAGCUUUAUGCCUACUGUA